UGCAUAACGAAUUUGAUUGAUCCAUUUCCUUAUGCAUUUGCUUAUAGACCAAUCAAAGGUCGAUGAAUCGGGGGAGCCCGCGGAUAAAGAUCACACCCGCGGCUGUGUAUUUAUCUCGUCCAGCACGGAUCCGCGUCCAGGCGGAUGCGCACGCACGCGCGCGCCGCGUCGGCCAUGUCGGGCGAUCCUCGCGCGUGCUCGUGUACGUAUUUUGGCGGUUUACCAGUUGCACGCGGCACGCGUACCACGCGCGCGGCGGCGGCAGAGAGGUCGCGCGUGUCAGUCCGUGGUGAGCUCGGUCGACGGUGGGUCGUCGUGGCCGCGUCGCUACGCGACAACGAUCUCGCGCGGAGAUCGCCUCGAUCGUGAGUGAGAGUAGCGCGGAGGCAAGCGAUUACAAGGUGAAAAGCGACCGGGCGGCGUCGGCGAUAUGGAGCUGCACACGCCGAAGCGCGAGUCGCGCCCGUCACGGGAGCUGGACUGCAGCCCGAUGUCCGACACGACGUUCUACCCCUGGAACUGGGGCGAGGAGGCGCGCAACGCGAACCUGAGCCCGGGCAGCUCGUGCUCGUCGCCGGAGUACAGGGAGCAGCACGUCGCGGGGCUGGACGCGAGCGGCGGCGGUGGCGGCGCGGGCGGCAGGUCGGCCGCCGGCAACGGUUCCGAGAGCCACCGGCGCGGCCGGCCGCGCGCCGACGCGCUCACGAAUCUCAUGCAGCAGGGCAGCACGUCGCCGAGCAGCAUCAAGUGUUCCUUCUGCAACCGGGUGUUCCCGCGCGAGAAGAGCCUCCAGGCGCACCUGCGCACUCACACAGGAGAACGUCCGUACCCAUGCGACUAUCCCGGGUGCACGAAGGCCUUCACUCAAUCCGGACAGCUGAAGACUCAUCAGCGAUUGCACACAGGAGAGAAGCCGUUCCUGUGCACCGAACCAGGUUGCGAGACGAGAUUCACUCACGCCAAUAGACACUGCCCUGACCAUCCUUACGCCAAUCUCACGAGAUCGGACGACUUUGUGUUGAAGCCGGUGUCCGAGAACACGGAGCUGCCGUGCGACGUGAGUCGAUGGUUGGAGCGAUACAAGAUGUCCAGGGAGCGAGAGGAUCGCACGCCGACCGGGAAGAACGAGCGGAAGAAGAAGACGUGGAAGAGCAGCGCCGAGAAUCACAAGAGGAUAAAGUCCAGAAAGGGCCUCAUGAUGGACAUAGCCGGGGAGCAAGAAAAUCUCGAUCGCAAUUCGUCGAAUCAACGGCUACACUGCGGAGACAAUCGGGACAGCCAGGAGGAGAGCCAAGAUGAGGACCCGGCGGACACGUGUUGCGCGAUACUGCAAACGUCCGAGGACGAGGAGACAUCGGGCGCCAAGUUGGCGAUGGCCUCGCUGAGGAAACCCUUGGACAGACUACAACCAAAGAAACGAUGGCUACUACGAAACGCUUGCUUGGAGCAACAGCUGGAUCUCAACGAGGACUGUAGAUCCAACAACGUGACGACCAUACGCAAGAUUGACGGCAAACAAGUACUGAGCGGGUCCACAGAAUUGGCGGAGUUCCAGUGGUACCCGACAUUCUUGGACAAUUCCGCCGCGGAUAACGUACCCAUAGCGAGUCUGGACAACAGGCUAGUAAUCCCGAGUGCGCAGUUGGAGCCUUCAUACACUGCCCCGCAAAUGUGCUGCGUGAUGAGCCAUGACGACGAAUCCCUCAAAAGAGGGGGGGGAAAUGUAUAUGUGCAGCCUCUGAACCACCCGCAAUGGAGCUCGCUAAGUAGCUUGUCAAAUAAUCAGAGUAUUUUUGAAACUAGUAUUGACGAAUCCGCUAUAAAGAUUCAGGAACCCACGUGCUUGCACUUUGAUUACAUGGAGCAGAUCAUUCAUAGUGAGACAACGAAUCACGAGGCGUCAGCCAGCUCUCGUAUCAGCGAAAACGAGACGAGACCGACGGUACUGAUGCUAGCUGGCAAUUGUAAUACCAGCAAAGAAAUCGUUCCCAAACUGCCGGUCACGUUAGACCCUGUGGAAACGGGGACGGAGAUAAUUUGCGCUAAACAGGAGGACAGCAUAGAUAAGUUACCGGUGCAGGAGGACAAUAAGAAAUGGCAGGGUGCUCUGGCACUGAUGGAGUUGGCCAAGACGCAAGAAGAGGCGAUUUUAGUGCAUCUUGAGCACGAUGUAAAGGACGAAUGUUCCGCGGCUUCAGAUUUACCUUUAUAGCCACAUACAGACUGUGAUUACAGGUUAUAUUAUAACUUUGUUAUUUUUAUAUGCAAGAAGAAAAGCGAAUAAAAGCUGUUCACUCAUGUAACACAGUCCAUUUAUCGGCGUACAAACGUAAAAGAAGUUUCUUGCUGUGAAACACAUCUGUUUUUGCUUUUCUUUUUUUCCCCCUUUAUAUUCUUUGAUGAAUAACUUUUACUGUUAGUCUUAUGAUGUGUUUGUUCUAACUCUGAGAUAGCUUUCAAAAUUUUUAAUUUUAUGUGAUUAUUAUUAUUAUUAUUAUUAUUAUAUGUAUAAUACUGAAAACAGGGUGACACUGUUAUACUGUUAUAAUCAAUCAAUUUUCUUCCACGCGGUAAAAAAAAAAGCAAAUGUGUCUCAUGGGAUUAAAGCGAAUCUUAUUACUUACUUUUACUGCAUAAUAAUCGUUUUUCACACAUAAAGUCGAUUUAAAAGAGUAUUGUAAUUAAGUUUGUUUUGUUUUGUUAGCGCAAAACCGCGGAAUCGUAUAACAUGCAUGUAAGCACGUAUUACAUGUUUAUUUUUUGCUCCACAGUUUAUUGUUAUUAUAUUAUAAUAGAGACUUGUGUGAUACUUAUUUUAAGAAUAAUAAAUAUACAAGAAUGGAAGAAUAAAAGUGUCAACAUUGAUUUGAGUUUAUAUUUAAAUGGAACAAAAUCAAUGGCUGUUUAUGAAGUAUAACAAAAGUAAGUUUAAGUCCCGGAUUUAAUUUCCAUCCAUUCGAAAUAAUUUGCAAGCAUGUGAAGCCUGGUGAAGCCUACAAUAUUUUGUUAAAUAUAAUGUAAUAAGAUGCAUCUGUAAUUACUGAUAAAAUCUGAUUUUUAGAAAUAAUUAUUUCAUUACGUUAAGGAAUA